AUGGCUCAGCAACAGCAUUCCAGACUGCACUACUCAGCUCCAUCAGAUGAAAUGUUAUCGAGCGGACAGAGUCCUUGUCACGGGAGGCUUUGUCCUGCUGUGUGUGGGGUUAAUUUAAACAGCUGCAUACUCCAAGGUUACCCUCAACCUCCUGCUCUCUUUGAGGACGGAGACUUUGUCAUUGGAGGGGCUUUCACCAUUCAUUAUUAUGUGAGGACUGAAACGCAAACCUACACUCAGCGGCCACAACCACUGGUGUGCAGUGGCAGUGACAAGCGGCAGCAUCCUACUUUCUUCAGGACCAUCCCCAGUGAUCACCAUCAAGCGGCAGCACUGGCACGGAUGGUCAAGCACUUCGGAUGGACGUGGAUCGGAGCUGUGCGCAGUGAUUCAGACUACGGGAACAAUGGCAUGGCAUCAUUCCUGAAAGCUGCGGAGCAGGAGGGAAUCUGCGUGGAGUAUUCUGAGGCCUACUACAGGACCCAGCUGCGCAGCAAACUCAAAAGAGUCGCGGACGUCAUUCGCGAGUCAACGGCUCGUGUAAUAGUUGCGUUCAUGGCCGAAGGUGAUAUGAGAAUUCUUUUAGAGGAGUUGAGGCAGCAGCCUCUUCCCCCGAUGCAGUGGAUCGGCAGUGAGGCGUGGGUUACAGAUCCACAGAUGCUGCGGUUUAAUUUGUGUAUCGGUGCAGUGGGUUUUGCAAUCCCGCGGUCUGUUAUUGCAGGUUUUCGCAACUUUCUAUUUGACCUGUCACCAAAACAAGCGCUGAAAUUCCCCCUGCUGACAGAAUUCUGGGAAAGUUCAUUUAGCUGUAAUUUAAAACAGCAAUUAGAUUCUUCUACUGGUAUGCCAGCAUGUGAUGGCACAGAGGACCUGCGCGCUUUACCGAACCCAUACACAGACACGUCCUAUUUGGUGUACAAAGCCACUUACGCUCUAGCGCAUGUCCUCCAUGACAUCGUCUGUAAUGAAAUGCGAUGUGAGAAAGACAUCAAAGUUGAGCCACAGCAGGUUUUUGAUCAACUCAAGCGAUUGAACUUCACUAAAAAUAAUUAUUCUGUUUCAUUUGAUACCAACGGAGACCCUGUGGCUACCUAUGAAUUUGUGAAUUGGCAGCUUCAGGGAGACGGUUCAGUUGAUUUUGUGACAGUUGGUCAGUAUGAUGCAUCCAAGCCUAAAGGCCAAGAAUUCAGUUUGAGCAGAGCUAUCAUUUGGUAUGAUGGCAGUGAAAAGGUGCCUGUGUCUGUGUGCAGUGAGAGCUGUCAUCCAGGCACUAGGAAGGCUGCACAGAAAGGAAGACCUGUCUGCUGUUAUGACUGCAUUAGUUGUGGAGAAGGAGAAAUCAGUAAUGAGACAGGUGCAGGAGGACCCGAAGGAGAGAGCUCGAUUCGGUGUUGCUGUCCGUGCGAUGCUGCUCUCUGCGUCGAACAUGGAGCGCGAGUAGGCCUACUCGGUUGAGUUUUUCCAUGUCUUGUGUUUGAAUGCUUUAAACUCUUUUGAAUGUUUAAAUUGGCAAGGCUUAAAAACACGUGCAAAUAAUAAUCUUUCGUGGCGAUGUGCAGCAGUGGCCUGUCAACUGUCCUGAGCAUCUUUUUAGACUUGCCUCAGCCAGUCGGCUGAGAUCGCCGGGGGGACCCCCCUCAGCUUUGGGCCCCUAUAAUCACCACUACCUUUCACCCAACUACUACGGCCCUGGGCAUGACAUUUCAUUCCAUUGUAUGCCCACACAUGUAGUGGAAUGACA